GAACACGUGUCAUUUCAUUACUGCACCGUCACUUUUUCCAGAUGCCUUAGUUCCACGACUUAAAACACAAGCUCUGAUUCAACAACCACAACACAACCUAUGUUCUGAUUCAGCAACGUUCCUUCUCCCUACUUUGUUUGCCUGUGGAAUUGGAAAAUGGCUAGCUCAGUGGAGAAUGAAGGUGGUGGUUCAAAUGAGGAAGUUGUCUCCAUGGAGUUGCCUGCUCCUCCUGGUUGGAAAAAGAAGUUUUUGCCAAAGCAAGAUGGAACCCCUAAGAAAAAUGAGAUCGUAUUCACAGCUCCAACUGGGGAAGAGAUCAGUAGUAAGAAACAGUUGGAAAAGUACCUGAAAGCACACCCUGGUGGUCCAGCAUCAUCUGAGUUUGAUUGGGGCACUGGUGAGACCCCAAGGAGAUCUGCAAGAAUUUGCGAGAAGGUCAAAGCAGCUCCCCAAAGAGAAAGUGAGCCCCCGAAGAAACGAAGCAAGAAAACAUCAGCUUCAAAGCAGUAUGACAAAGAAAAAGAAACUGUCCCUGAAGGAAAUUUGGAAAUGAAAGGUGAAGAAACACAAGGUGAGCAAAAAACUGAAAAGGAUGAUACUGAAACCAAGAAGGAUGUUCUAAAGGAAAAUCAUGAGACUAAAGCAGAAGAUGCAGAUACCACAAUGGAAGCAGCUCCUGCUGAUGGAGAACACGCAGAUACCACAAUGGAAGCAGCUGCUGCUGAUGGAGAACCUAAGUCUGAAAAAGAAUCUCAUAUACCUAAUGAUCCUGAGAAAAUUACUGAAACAGACCAGGAUAUUUCAAAAGAAACAUCUACUGCAAAGGAUGUUUCAGGUUAUGUCAUAUCUCAUAGUGAUACUUUGCACGAGCAACCACCGCUCGAGGAGAAAAAGGUUGAGCCAGUGGUGCAGGCUAAUGCAGCUAAAACAAGUGCCGAUGAGAAAAUGUUUGAAAUAGAGGAAAUGGAGAAAGAGAAACAUAACGGAAGCGUAAUGGAGUCUGAAAGAGAAAAAGAAUGGGAAGGAGUGGCAAGAGGGAACGAGGAUAAUACUGGUUCAGGUACUGAAGAAGUUAGCAAAAAGCCUGAUGAUGUGACCGUAAAUGGCACCGAUAGCAAUGGCAAUGCGAAAGAGAUUAUGCUCUGAGUACACUGUAGAUUAUAUGCUAUUCCUGACCCUUUUUAAUUCCCGUCUGUACUCUGUAAUGUUAGCUCUCUGAUUGUUCACUGGGACAUAAAUAUACAAUCAUAUGUAGUUAGGCUUAUAAUAUAACCAUCUUUUGUUUUGAUGGUGAGACAAGUAGCUUGCAAGUUUGUAACAUUGUGGUAUCAAAUAAAGUCAUGUACUAUCAUGACACGGUCUAUAUUAAAGCAAGGUAGUAAUAAUAAUUUAUUUUACUUUGACACCACCAA